CCACACCACACCAAAUCAAACCACACCACACCACACCAAACCACACACAUCACACCACACCACACCACACCACACCACACCAAAUAUAUAAUAGCAAGUACACAAUUUAGACAACAAUGAACCGGGUAGUUAUCAUCACAAAAUAGGUAUCUUAUCUUUUGAUGUCUUGAUUACAAUGGUGACUGCAUUAUCGUGACAUUAUCGUAGUGUUGUAUCGAUCACCACGCUGCUCCCUCCACCACUCUGUCUCCCACCAGCCCUCACCGCCCACUCGCACGCCCUCACACCGCAGCCAUGGUUGAAGGAGUCACGGUAUGUGGAACAUUCAUCACCCAGAGGAUUAUUGAUAACGUUGACAGACUGGCACGUUUGUUUUUCCUGUGCGCGGGGAUCAACUUUUUAUUAGCUGCGGUACUAAACUGUUACUCAACAGACUACACCUGUCUGGAGAUGAGAAAAAAACUGUUAAUUAGCGCAGGUGGACUGUUUGGUUUUUACGUGGUUCUCCAGGCAAGUACCUGCGCGCUGUCUUCCAAGGUCAAGGAGACCAUUAAUGUUACCCAGCCCGGUACCAUGGAAAUGACACAAGCCACCACGCCAGACAACCAGGCCUUUACAAGUAGCACUCAGCAACACCUGCCCUCCGCUGCCACCAUUCCAACUCCCCAUCUCCAGCAGCCUCCUUUCGUUGACUUCAAGCCCCGCCAUGAUCUCGACCAUCCUCAAGUUUUUCCCGAAGCCCCCUGUAAUCCCACGGCCAGCCAGACGAGUGAAAUUACAUCACUGUGAUAUGAAAUGUAAUUUUGAUAUUAAAAUGCGUAAAGACAAA